AUGACUCGGUGGUUCUGGCCUCUUUUCGCAGUGCGGCUCGCGCAAGCGGCGCCAUGGACGGAGGAGAAUGGCCCGUGGAACCUGAACUUCGAGACCAAGCAUGAGCCACACCUGUACUACGGCCAGUGGCCGGGUCACACAUACAAUCCCUCGCCCUCCGAUUGGAGGAGCCUGGUCAUCUACCAGCUCCUCACGGAUCGCUUCGCCGAUGGUAACCCGCUGAACAACGAGCUCUACGCUGCAGGCUUUGAUGUGCGAGACAUGACCUUCCGGCAUGGAGGCGAUUUUGAGGGCCUGCGGCAGAAGUUGCACUACAUCAAGGGCUUGGGCUGCAAUGGGGUAUGGAUAUCGCCCAUUUUCCAGAAUGGGGAGAACUUCUACCACCAGUACGCUCAGUUGGACUUUACGGUGCUCGACCGCCGUCUCGGCACUUUGGAGGAUCUGCGGAAUCUGGUGCAGGAGGCCCACAGCUUGAACAUGUAUGUCAUUGUGGACAUCGUAAUGAACCAUAUGGCAAAUGAGUUCUACUUCGAAGGCCACGCGAAGAGCCAGGCGCCGUGGAGAUUUCAUGAGGACGAAGGCAAGCGCGAGUACCAGCUGAAGGUGAGGACGACGCAGGCGACGUUCUUCAAUUCAAGCAUUUGGUGUGGCGGGGAGCCACUCUGGCAAGAAUUUGGAAACGAGCCUACGGGACUUCUACAAAGCAGCGAUGUUUGUGAAGCCAACUGUACUGCGGACCCAGAUUGCUAUUACUUCCUAUGGAAGAAUGACCCUGGGUCGCUGAGCACAUACCAUUGUGCCGGCUUCAAGUACUGCGACCAGCCCACCCCCUACACAGACGGCAAGGGCAGCAUCUUCAAAACCUGGCAGUGGGCUGUGAAGGCAGAAGAGGUGGCAGUGGGUGUUUGGUGCGGCGGAUCCGGCCUGUUCCAGCAAUUCGGCAGCGAGGCCACCGGCCUCUUGGCCAGCCGUGACGUCUGCGAGGCCGAGUGCGCGGCCGACGCGGCGUGCGAGUUCUACCUCUGGAAGGACGACACCGCGGCGGACACCCGGUUCCACUGCGCGGGCUUCGCCAGCUGCGCCGAGGCGGAUCGCUCGGCCUUCGGCGACGGAUUCGUGAAGAUCUUCAAGAAGAGGACCACGCAGGAGAGGAGCCUGGAUGGCCUGUACGACACGCCAGCCGGCCGGCAGCCGUACGCGGACUUCUGGUACAACAACACGUGGGUCCCGGAUGCCCAGUACAACGGCACACUCUACGGCCAGUGGGGGGAGUCUGUGGUCGACCCAGGGUUUGGAACAUACAUCGGCUCCGAUUUCCACCACAAUGGCGACCUCAUCAAUUAUUACGACCCCUGGGAAAUCAAUAUGGGUAAGAUUUAUGGCGUGAUGGAUGACUUACGCCUGGAGAACGAGAGGGUGCAGCAGAAGUACAUUGCCAUGACGAAACUUCUCAUCGAUAGCACGGACAUUGAUGGCUAUCGCGUAGACACCCCGAUGCAGGUGCCCCUGAACUUUUACAAGGUUUGGGCGCCAGCGAUCCGCGCUCACGCCAAGACCUUGGGCAAGGACCGCUUUGGCAUCUUCGGGGAGUUCUUUGUGAGCCCGCAGCGGUACGGCACCAUGACGGGCCGGGGCCGUGACAACACCAUGUACAACCAGGAGAUUUACAUUGAUGACAUUGCAACACUCAAGGGAGGUAUCGUGUAUCCAUACUACUGGUACAUCUUCACGGCGAUGAUCUACAAGUUGCCGGAGUAUGCCGACGGCCUGCCGCUCGCAUACCGGGAGGAGAACAAGAUCAUUGAUACCUAUGAUCCGACCACUGGUCGCCACGAGUAUGCCAUGUGGACCUUCUGCAACAACCACGACAACUGGCGGCUCCAGUCCAUGACGGGGUUCCCGGAAUUUCGGAUGUGCCUGGCCGUGAUCACCUUCUGGCCCGGGGUGCCCUUGCACUACGCGGGCGACGAGCAAGACUUCGACACCCCCGGGAGCGCCUUGGACGGCUGGGCCCGGGAGGAGCUCAGCCCGUCCUUGGCCUGGCGGGCGGUGCGCACGCAGCCAGGGGGAAACCCGGCGGACAAGGACAGCUUCGACAUGACCAGCGCCACGUACCAAUACAUCCGGAGGCUCAACGCCCUGCGUACGGCAUACCUCGGAGGUUUCGGGGAGGAGGAGUGUGAUCAGAUUCAGACGCCCAGCUAUGCGACUCCAGAUGUGCUGGUGUUCAUCCGGGGAUGCACGUCUGAAAAGGUGCUCAUGUUUGCAAACUUCCACACUUCAGAGCAGCGUACCGCAUCAAUUGAUGCUGUCCCCUGGGCGGAUGCGACGGUGCUCACUGACUGCAUCUCUAAAACGGCACCUGCGCAGGUCACCGUCAACUCGGGCAGCGUCUCGUUUGUGCUCAGCCCUCUGCAGGCGGUCGCCUUCGCCGCAGCGGUGGCCAAGGUGCCGCCCGCCGUGGUGGAAGUGUGGCCCGCGCAUGGCGCGGCAAUUCCGAUCGGCAGCUCCCAGCUCACCUUGAAGAUCAAGUUCGAUCGGCCCAUGGCGUCGUCGAUUUCGGCGCAGGUGCUCUUCGACCAGAGCUCCUCCGGCUUUCAGUGCGCUGGAAACGAAUGCACGAAGCAGGUGGAUGCCUCUGCUCUGAGCGAUGGCCAUCACUUCUUGGAAGUGGCCGAGGGGGCUGUUGCAGAGGAUGGGACAGCAACGCAUGCCACCUUCCGUUCGACCUUCAUUUUCGACAGGCAAGGAGGUGUCAUCGCAGAUCCAACCAUCAACGAGCUGCCGGGCUUAAUCUGCAGUGGUGGCUCCAAACUGUGCCACAAAGCCAGCGGGGCCACGUGGUUCCGUGUGCAGAAUGUGGGUGGGAACUGGUCAGAGUGGAUGCCGUAUAAUGGAAGCUCUACAACUUGGAGUUCUCUGUUUGAUGUGCCAGUGCUUGUGCAGUAUUUCUCGGAUCUGAGUGCCAGCUUCAUCGUUGGGGAUUGUCUUACAGAAGCUGGCAAGAGGUGUUAUGUCAGCUGGCACAAGCAGAUGUUUGUCAGAGGGGAGUUCAACAACUGGGGCAAUGACGAUGAGGGCACCAUGAGCUUGAUAGGUGCAUACACAUGGGCGACCAAUGUCACGCUGGAUGGAUUUGUCCGCGCGCGCUUUACGCCUGUCACGGAUUGGUCAAAGUCUUAUGGCAUGCAUCCGGUCCGUGAAUUGUUAUACAACGUGCCCACCUUCGACCCAAGACACACGAACUUCGACGUGGUGCCGACGCUCUCCGGUUCCGAGCCCUGCCGCCAGUGGAUGGUGGACCGGGACCACUGGUCUGAGCACCACACCGUGGCGUCCGGGGCGGAGUUUGCCGUUGACCUGUGGCUGAGCCAUGAGUGCACCGUUGCAUCGCCCACCUGUGUUCCAGAUGCAGAUGCAGAUUGGCAGUGCCAUGGCUACAAGGAUGGCCAGGAUGGACCAUGGUGCGCGUCGGUGGGGACUGAGAACUGCUACGACUACGCGGUGAACGACCAGACCGAGGCGAUGAGUGGCUGCGGGGGGUGCUACUGCUGCCGCAGGAAGGUGACCACAGCGGCCACGGGCCCAGCGGCUACGUGCUGCGUCAAGUUCAACGACCUGUUUCUGAAUUACACGGUGACCUCAGAUUUGUCGCAGUGCGCGCCACAUCCUGGAACAAGCCACGCGUCCUUUACCAUGAGCAUCCAGGUGGCCGAUGCUUCGGAUUUGCAAGCGGUGUCCGCAAGCUUUGCCGCGGCAGUGGCCGCUUCCCUGAGCGUGACGGCAGAUGUCACUGUGAGUGUCUCGUACAUCGUGGCGGCCAACUACGUGCUCUCCGACGUCUCCGACCUCGAGGCAGCCAAGACGGAGAUUUGCAAUGCCUUCUCGGACGCGGAUGCGUGUGUCGCGGAGCUCGGAAGCAGGCGAUUGCAAGGUUCGGAGUCGGCUACGCUGCAUGUGGAGGUGACCACCCUGGACGCCAGUCGCUUCGCAACGACGCUGGCACUGGCGAACGAUGGCGCCGCCAUGCAAUCCGCGCUGCGCAGCUCGCAGGUUGGAAGCAAUACCGUGCUCAAUAUGCCAUCUUCCGCAUCUUCAGAAAUGCGAGUGCUCACGGAUGUGACCUCCGGCAGUAUUGUGGCUCCCUCAAACCUGGUUCCUGAGACUGCCCGCUUAGAAAGCGAGCUCUCUAGCAUUCAUGGCGCCAAUGUUGAGUUUCUUUCCGUUGCCCAAGUGACGACGACAACACCUACACAGGCCACAACCACCACGCAAGCAGGUUCCACGGCGGCCGCUACACAAGCCACAACCACUGCGCAAGCAGGUUCUACGGCAGCCGCCACGACGUCAGGGUCAGCAUCAGGGCCGGUGACCCUCAGGGUCCGCAGUGCAGGGUCGGAUGAUGGCAACUUCGCGGAGUUUUACUUGAAUGGCGUGAAGGUUGACUUGGAGUCCGGGAGGGGAAUCAGCGUGGUAGUCCUGGACGGUGGUUCCGUUUCAGAGAAGCACGUCUAUGACACCGGUUACCAGGCCUUAGGUGCAGGCCCCUUGUCCGCGUUGCUGAACGGUCUGCCGCUCGGCACCGUAGUGCUGGUCGCCUCUAUGGACGACGCCUCCGACGGAUUGACCACGGAGGCCAAGGCGGCGAUCGCUGGUUUGGGCGCCACACAGGUGGAGAGCAUAUCCUACCGGGGCUCCUAUGCCCUCAUCGGCGUCAAGGGAGGCGAUGCGAUAGCAGAGGCGGUUGCAGUCACUGGCCUGGGCCCUGUGACCUUGGAGGAGACUGUGGUGUUCCCACUAGGCUUUGUGUCUUCAAGCAGUUCGCAAAGCACAGAGGGUGCGAGCAGUUCGCAAAGCACAACCGGUUUCACCAACCCCGUCUCGACCUCUGUGCCUGCAUCUACAUCUUCUGGAGAAAACUCGCAGCCGCCCUUCUGGACCUUCGAAUUCGCAGAUGGCAGUGUUGGACUUCAGUCCCUCUUUGCUCUUCUGAUCCCUUGCAUGGCGAUGCUCUGA